AUGGGAACGAAAUCUUCACCGUCUGAUAUUAUCAAUCUCAAAUUAAUUCUUGUAAGCGGUCAAACAGCUGAAUUUCAAUUUCGACCAACAACAACAGCAACUGAUGUAGCUAAAUAUGUUUUUGAAAAUUGGCCUGAAGAUUGGGGAAAUGAACAAAAAGUAGAUCGUUAUGAAGUUUUAAGAUUAAUAUAUCAAGGAAGAUUUUUACAUGGAAAUGUCACAUUAGGCGCUUUACGACUUCAACAAGGCAAAACAACUGUGAUGCAUCUUGUCGAACGUGAACAUCUUCCUGAAUCAACAAAUAAUGAUCAAAAACGAAAACAUAAACAUGACAAUAAUCAAGAUACAACAACAAAUGCCAUAACAACAAAUGCUGAUUCUAAUUCAACAACAUCUACAUGUUGUGCUGCAUGUUCAAUAUUAUAA